AUGAACUGUACCGCCAUCAAUAGUAACCAGAUCGAAACGACACCAAACAAUCUACCCCGGCUGAUGGGGGGCAUGGGAACGGCCACACCAUUAUCGACCAGCACUCCCACCUCCCGCACGGCCAAGGCCACCAUCUGCAGCGGAACGGGAGGCACGGGCGGUAGCGUAGGGACGACCGUGUUUUUCCACCGUACCACCAAUAAUUUGCUGGAUGUGCCGCGGACAACCAAUAGUUCCGAGGAGGAAAACUCACCGACGGAAUUGAAUACCUGCCGCAAACUAACCGAAAAGCCACCUCUGGUGAAACGACUUACGAUGGGUAUUCUACGAACGGCUGAAGAUAGCAGACCGCUCGUCCAUAGCUCAUCGUCUCCAUCGAGCUCGUCCAGCUCGUCACAGACCAUCUCGGAUGGGUACGUAAACGAAGGUAUAUGUGCGGAUACGGCCGAAACGACACUCUCCACGACUGUGUUUACCAGCAAGCUGCCCGGAUCUACCGCCACCGCCACGACAGCAACAACGAUGAUCGCUGGAAGUAGUACCAUUCGAAGUCCACUUUCAUCCGGACCAUCCCUAGCAGCUGGUACGAGCGUUCUGCUCGAUGCUGGUGGCCCUCGAUACAAUCAUACGGCAACAACCCUGCUCUACCCACCGGCUGUCCCGCUGCGGAACGAUAGUCUCAGCCUGAAGGAACAGCACGAACUGAAAGGAGCCCCCUGGUUCCAGGCGGGCAUACCACGCGAAAUUUCGCUCGAAGUCCUGUCGCGCCAAACCCCCGGUGCAUUCCUUGUGCGCCAAAGCACCACCAAACCAGGAUGCUUUGCACUGUCGCUACGUGUACCGCCACCGGCACCGAAGGUGGCACACUAUCUAAUUCUAAGGACGAUACGGGGGUACAAAAUAAAGGGCUUUACGAAAGAGUUUACCUCCCUAAGGGCACUGAUAACGCAUCAUUCCGUGAUGCCGGAGCUGUUGCCCGUUCCGCUCGCACUACCAAGACCACCGCAGAUCGUCCACCGGCAGGAAGAUCCGGAAACUUACGGUUCGCUGAACGACUUUCAGAAUAUGAUUACCGAGUGA